UUUAAGAAAUUCUACAUCUCCACAUUCCAUUUACAUUCAUUCAACCUUUCUCAGAUGCCUUUUCUCUUUGCACACCCCCAAAAAAAAAGCCACCCUCACUUUCUCCCUCAAAUGCAGCAUACAUACAUAUUGAAUUCAUACUAAACAUUAACGAUCUCUCUAACCGCACAUAAUCAAAUCUCAUCUACAUUAUAUCACUCUCUAACUUCGUAAAUUAUGUCGAGUAGUUACAACAGCCCCUCUCGCAGCCCCGGAAGCGGCGGCGGCGGCGGCGGUGGCAGCUCCACCACUAUGACGACCGCAGCGGCGAGGUUGCAGCUUGGCGCAAUUUCGCGAUUGAGAUCUUCGUCUAUGAAGAAACCACCCGAACCUCUUCGUCGUGCCGUUGCUGAUUCUCUCUCCUCUUCAUCGUCUUCAUCUUCGUUUUCUUCUAUUUCUGCGCUUUCCUCACAUCACCCCUCUACCAGCCCUUCUAUUCACGCUUCCGAAGCUUCUCGUACUCUUCGGGAUUAUUUGGCAGCUCCAUCGACGACUGACCUUGCAUAUUGUGUCAUUCUAGAACAUACCCUUGCAGAGAGAGAUCGCAGCCCUGCAGUUGUUGCAAGGUGUGUGGCACUCUUAAAACGUCAUCUCUUACGAUAUAAGCCUAGUGAAGACUCGUUGCUGCAGAUUGACAGAUUUUGUGUACACAUAAUAGCCGAAUGUGAUAUUGGUUUGAGCCGGAAAUUAUUGCCAUGGUCACACUCGUUAAAUCAGCAGUCUAGUGCGGCAAAGGCUCCGGUCAAUGGUGCACCUUUGCCUGUCUCUAGCUUUGCUUCUGCCUCACUUAUCAAGUCACUAAAUUACGUUCGCUCCUUGGUGGCACAACAUAUUCCAAGACGUUCAUUUCAACCAGCAGCUUUUGCUGGAGCCCCUUCAGCGCCAAGGCAGAUUCUUCCUUCAUUGUCUUCUUUAUUGAGUAGAUCUUUCAAUUCUCAGUUGAGUCCUGCAAAUAAUGGAGAUUCAUCAGUAAGGGUAGACACUACUUUAUCUGUGCCUAGCCAAAGAAAGAAUGAAAGUUUUGAUGGGAUUAAAGAUCUAGAAUAUAUUACUGCUGAUGUUCUAAAAUGGCGUUGGAGAAGUGAUCAAGACUCUGCUGCUACUUUAAUUGACGGUGAUCAAUAUUCAAACACCCAAGACUUGACGAGAUCUAAUUUGCUUGACGUGGGUGCAGCUGCCCUACUUGUUGCUGACUUGGAUGCCAAAAAGGGCCAACCAUGGAGGCACUUUGGUACUGCUGACAUGCCUUAUCUUGAUCAACUGCUGCAGCCAUCCUCGAUGUCAUCAGUCACUAACAGUGCCUCUGCUCGUCAGCACUUGAGAAUCAUAACAGCAUCCAAAAGGACCAAAUCUGGGUCUCAGCAGAUAUGGGAGGAUUGUUCAGUAAGCACAUUCCGGCCGCGGGCACGACCAUUAUUUCAAUAUCGUCAUUACAGUGAACAGCAGCCUUUGAAAUUGAAUCCUACUGAGGUGGGCGAGGUCAUAUCAGCUGUUUGCUCGGAGACAUCCAUGCCAAAUGCAAAUCUAAUGACAAUUUCGACCGGAUUGAGUAACCAUCGUACAAAGCCGUCCAUUGAUGUUGCUGUCAGUGUCCUUAUCAAACUUGUUAUUGACAUGUAUAUAUUGGAUUCUGAAUCUGCUGCUCCUCUUACUCUCUCUAUGCUUGAGGAUAUGGUGUGUUCUCCCAAAUUAUCUUCCAGGACUCGUUCUUUUGACUUGAUAUUAAAUCUUGCUGUUCAUGCUCAUCUACUGGAUCCUGUUGUUCCCGAUGGUGUAUCCACCAUUGAUGAAGAUUAUUCUCAAGAGUUAUCCUUGGACAGUGAAGCCCAAAUGGGGAUUCAAAGUAAGAUAACAGAUUCUCAAAAGAACACAGGAGACUCCUCAGCAAUUGAUAAUUUUGAAUCCUGGAUUUUGAACAUUCUUUACGAGAUUCUUUUGCUUCUUGUUCAGAUAGAAGAGAAACAAGAAUCUGUCUGGGCAUCCGCUUUAAGUUGUUUGCUUUAUUUUGUCUGUGAUGGAGGCAGAAUACGAAGGAGCCGACUGAAGGGCCUUGAUAUAAGGGUUAUUAAGGCAUUGAUAGAAGUGAGUAGAAUAAGCUCAUGGGCUGAAGUUGUCCAUUCAAAGCUCAUAUCAAUAUUAGCAAGCAUGUUCUAUGAUCUUCCUGAUGAACAGGACAUAACUACUCCAAGUAUCCCCAAGUUUCUUCCAAAACAAGUUGAUAUGAUUGGAGGGAUUGAUUUUAUCUUCAUUGAGUAUUCACUUGCUAGAACAAGGGAGGAAAAGAGAAACCUGUACUCUCUGCUUUUUGACUAUGUUUUGCAUCACAUUAAUGUAACAAAUAUUGCUACUGGAGUUCCUGAAUAUGCAACUGAUGAGAUUCAACCCCUUGCUACACUGCUGUCUCUUGCCAACGCCCCCGAGGCCUUCCAUAUCUCUGUUAAGCUAGGGGUGGAUAGCAUUGGUGAGAUUUUGAGAAGAUCAGUGUCUUCUGCAUUGUUCAGAUACUCAGACAGUGAACAACUGAACACUAUCCUCAAGAAGGUUAUGAGUGAGUUCGAUUCGAUUAUAAGUUCCUUUACUCAUCUACAGAAAGAAUUCUCUGAUAUGAGACAGCUUACAAAAUCAUGCAAAUUUCUGAAAAGCAUCGAGGAUGGGGUUAUAGGGAGGAAUAUUAGCAAGAAAGCUAAACUUUCAUGGGCCACUUUGCACUCUCUUCUCCAUUCUGAUAGAAUAGCUUGCCGCCAGAAUGGAUACAUUUGGUUGGGUGAUCUGCUUAUAUCUGAAAUUAGUGAUGAGAGGGAUGGAGAUUUGUAUGCAAACAUCAGCAGCUUGCAGCAGCAAAUCACUUUAGUUGACCUGAAAGAUUCUUCUGCUCUUUCUGAUAUUCCACUGUCUAUUUGGCUUAUGUGUGGCUUACUGAAGUCAAAGGACAGUACAAUCAGAGCAGGCUUCCUGUUUGUUUCAGAAGUACUUCUCAUGCGAUGCAAGUGUCUGUUGGAUGAGUAUGGGCUUGAGGAUUCAGCCGGAAGCAGUGGAGACCGUAAUCAGGAUCGCUGUCUUGAAAAGGCUAAUUCAGUGAUAGACAUCAUGAGUAGUUGCUUGUCACUGGUGGCUCAGAUAAAUGAGACAGAUCACUUCAACAUUUUGAAGAUGUGUGACAUUCUAUUCUCCCAGCUGUGUCUUAAAGUCCCUCCAGCAUCCGCAGAUAAAGGCCAUCUUGGUAGAGCUUCUAGCACCAUUGAUAUAAACAAUAAGGUCAAUCCAGGCGAAUGUGUCCCCCUGCAUGAUUCUAUUCAACAAAGAGGACAUGAGGAUGUUGAUAACUUCUAUAGCUCAUUAGUCUGUGAGACAUCGUCAAUGGCUGCUUUGCUCCUUCAAGGAAGUGUUGUUGUUCCACUGCAGUUGGUUGCGCGUGUUCCAGCUGUUCUAUUUUAUUGGCCACUCAUUCAGCUUGCUGGUGCAGCCACAGAUAACAUUGCUCUGGGAGUUUCUGUCGGCAGCAAGGGAAGAGGAAACCUCCCAGGUGCAACGUCAGAUAUCCGUGCUGCUCUUCUCUUACUUCUGAUUGCAAAAUGCACAGCAGAUUCUGAUGCUUUUCAGGAAGUUGACGGGGAAGAUUUUUUCAGACAACUGUUGGAUGAUACGGAUUCAAGGGUGGCUUACUACUCUUCUGCAUUCCUUUUGAAGAGGAUGAUGACAGCAGAUUUCGACAAUUACCAACGUAGACUUCAGCAACUUGUUUUCAGGGCUCAGCAGAGCAACAAUGAAAAACUGUUGGAGAACCCAUAUCUUCAGAUGCGUGGCAUACUUCAGCUGUCAAAUGAUUUUGGAAGUGGGUUGUGAGGAAAUCCAAGAUUUUGAAACUUCACUCCCUCCAAAUGCUCCUGCUCUCCUUUCCUUUAGCUGGAUGAUGCAGAUAAGGUGGCUGAGAUUUGGGAUUCCUCUGGCUGGUGUCCACAGUUGUUCAGUUCUGUAGGAGACAUAUCAUGUCUUGGUUUUGCACAUUAGCUGUUUAGAACAUUAUAGGCUACUUGGGCUGCACAUCUCAGGUGAAUUAUCUGAGAAGAUUUACUCCAGUAGCUAAGGUACCGGAGUUCAACAUUGGGAUGAAGCUCAGGAUGCAAGGCGUAGUUAUGACUUGAAAUUACGAGCAGAAUCGCUUUUCUGAGUAGCUCACAUCAAUUUAAGUUCCUAUCCGCUAUGGGUGCUUCACUCACAGAAGACUCUGUCUCCACAGAUCUGGAUUUGAUGCUUGGUUUGCUCGUGGAGAGUGAUUGCACCUGGGUUUACCUUCUCAUGUCCCAAUCGUAUGUCUGAAAGAAGCGGAUCUUGGAAAAAGAGACUUGGAACUUUUGUUUUCCAUAUAUCCUUACGGUGGUUUUUAUUAGCCUGUGAACUCUCCUGGUUGCCGAUAUUAAUGAAAGUUUAGUGGGGACUUUGUGACAGCUUGUAACAAUGACUUCUUAUAGCAUAACGAUCAGCCUUGCAGCUAGAGAAUAGAGAUGGAUGGGAAAGGUGCACACCUCCACUUUUAAGGGGCUGCUACCACCAGAAAAGAAGUUGUCGAUUUGAUUAGCCUGACAUCUAAUAUUUUUUUAUACCCAUGUAUUUAUUCAUUAGACUUCCUCUGUAAAUGUGUAGUUUUGUUUUACUACUACUCAUAUUUAGUUUUUGUAAUAGGCUAUUCAAUUAUUUACAUAUUCUUUAUCAUUUGUAUGUUAUCCAAAUUUUUGACUGCUAUUGGGAAUAUUGGCAAGUAUGUUGUAAUUUUUGACAUGUAACUGUAUAGUGAAAUUAUCAAGGCGAAGCUUGCAUUAAACUCAUGAAAGAAGCCGCCUUUCUGAUU